CGCUGUGGAAAUUUGAAUCUGGCAGGAAGGCGCGAUCGUGGCUGCCGGUGUGCGUCUCUCUCCUGAGGACGUUGGAUCGAGGCUGCCGCCCGUAGAAUUCCCUCUGCUGCACGCAUACACGCCCUUCAUCCGUGUUUGACGAGCCCGGGAGGAGACAAUGGCGACCGUUAAGGGAGCCCUGCUGCCCCUCUUUGACGACAUGGUGCGGCAGACGGACAUCCUCACCAUGGGCAUCGAGCCAGAGUUUGUAGCGUUUGUGCGGAGCGUUGAGGAUGCGCGGCGGCGCUGGCAGGGCGUGGAGACGGAGCUGGGGCGGUGCCGCCAGGCGCUCGCCAAGACGGAGACGGAGCGCGCGGCGCUCGACGUGAAGCUGAAGCACGCACGCAACCAGGUGGACGUGGAGAUCAAGCGCCGCCAGAAGGCGGAGGUGGAGUGCGAGCGCCUGGACCGGCAGAUUCAGCUCAUCCGGGAGCUUCUGCUGGUGCAGGACAGCAGCUGCAGCUUGCAGCUGAGCGAGGAGCAACGCAAUGCCCUCGCCUUCCUCAACACCCGCACCUCCAGCGGCCUCGCGCCCAAGGCUCACCGCCUCACCCGCAUUGAUGAAUCGUCCAACUCCAUCCUGUCGGCGUCGGACAUCAGCUACGACCGCACGGACGAUGACCUGGACACGGACGCAUCUGUGCUGCGGAGCGGGCGUAGGGGAGACAAGCGGAAGUCUCCGCGCCUGCACCACGCCGAGACGCCACCGGUCCCCGCCAAGCGCUCCUGCAUGAUCUCCGAGGAGGCCAAGGGUAACGAGUCGAUCAUCGCCACGACGACGGUGACGGUGCCGCAGCACGGCGGCACCAUCGAGGCGGUGUCCACCAUCGAGACGGUGACGCGGCCCUCGCGCCGCCGCUCCAGCCGCGGGCGCCGGCUCUCGGCCGUCAACGGCGAGCCAAAUGUCAUGUCUGUGGCCAUGCCGACCCACGGUGCCGGAGACGGCACCCCCAGGAGUCUGCGGCAGCACGACUUUGUGCAGAAGACGUCGAUCAAGCCGGAGGCGUGCGUCCCGUGCGGACGGCGCAUCCGCUUCGGCAAGAUGGUGCUGCGCUGCCGCGAGUGCCGCACGGCGGCUCACCCCGAGUGCCGCGACCGCUGCCCCCUGCCGUGCACGCCGGCCGUGCCUAGCACGCCGCUCACGCUGGCCGAGGGCACGGUGGCCGACUUUGCGCCGAACACGGCGCCCAUGAUCCCCCUGCUCGUCAUCCGCUGCGUGGGGGAGAUCGAGCAGAAGGGCAUGCACGAGACGGGGAUCUACCGCGUGCCGGGCUGCGACCGCACGGUGAAGGAGCUGAAGGAGCGCUUCGUGCGCGGCCGCGGCACCGUGCCGGUGCUCAGCAAGGUGGAGGACGUCCAUGUGGUGUGCGGCCUCCUCAAGGACUUCCUGCGCAGCCUCAAGGAGCCGCUGCUCACCUUCGCGCUCAACGGCACGUUCAUGGCGGCCGCAGAGAUUCCGGACGAGGAUAACAGCGUCGCGGCCAUGUUCCAGGCGAUAGACGAGCUGCCGCAGGCCAACCGUGACACGCUCGCCUUCCUCAUGCUGCACCUGCAGAAGGUGGCCAAGAGCCUGGACUGCAAGAUGGACGCGUACAACCUGGCGCGGGUGUUUGGGCCAACCCUGGUGGGCCACGCGACGGCCGACCCCUCGCCCAUGGUCAUGCUGCAAGACACGCGGCGCCAGCCAGCGGUGAUCGAGCGGCUGCUGUCUCUGUCUCCCGACUACUGGAGCAAGUUCGUGUCGGCCGGCGACAGCAGGAGGCCCGACGACACUUACGGCACUCCUGACCAGCGCACGCCCAUCGGCUCGAGCAUGCUGGGCCCGCUGACCACGCCGGAGAUGGUGCACGGCCCCACCCCAACCAAGACGCCGUCGACGAGCUCCCUGUCGCAGCGCUUCAAGUCGACGCUCACCCCCAAGUUCGGCAGCCGUGCCAAGACCCCGUCGGUGACGUCACUUAAGAAGACGGGAAAUUACUUUGAGUCCCCGUUGCUCAAGUGAGCCGCUCCGUGCUUCCAACCGACACGACCCCUGCUUUCACGACCCCCACCGUCCAAUCCACCACCGCCGGAUGCCACGGCAUCGGUGGGUAAUUGAAGGUGGGGCUGCGAGGCCUGCAACAGGGCGAGUUCGUGCCGAGUCCUGGCCGUGUUGCACUGGGGCGUCGCCCACGACACGGCCCGCACGGACGCCGUAGCCGGCACGCCUGCAAGCAGCCAAUGGGGUUUAAAAAAAAAAUCGGUGGUGGAUUUGACACGGGGUGGGGGCGGGAGGGUGGGGGGGGAUUCAUUGGAGCGUAGUCUGGUUCCGGAACAAGAUUCCGCUCCGGCACACACUCCAGGAAAUACCUUAAAAGCAGCCGCCGCUUGGUGCUUGCGCUCAUGUAGCCGAUGGCUUGUUGCAAUGUUUUUCCCGUAAUUUGUCUCCGUCGGGGUGACGGCGUCCCGGUUGGACACCAGAGCGGUUGACGGAGCUUUUUAGAUUCGUAAUUUUAGCUUUAAGUCUGCGUGCAUUUUUUACUAUAAUUUUAGCCGGGGGAGGGCGGGAGCUAGAAUCGGCCGCUGCUCCUUGACUUCCGGUUCCUGUGGGGAGGGGUGAGCGACGCUCCGUGCCGGGGUUUGCCCCCCUCCCCCCCCACCCACAUCGCCGGUGGUGACUCCGGCUCGCGUUUCACAAGGUUCUGGGCGAACCGUUUUGAAACUAGAAAAGGUGAAACGCAACUCUUCCUGCGGCCGGGCUGACGGCAUCGCGCCUACUAACGUGAGCGACGUGGUGUGCCCGCACCCGCCCCACGCCCGCCGCAUACUCUGCCAUCAUUUGAAUGAAGCACCGACUCGCUGGGCAAACCCUGGGGUUGGGAGUUUCCACCGGAACCGCAGCAGCGAGGUCGUAUCGCCGCUGUCCCGGGAACAAUGACAACAGCAACAAAAACAAAAACUCCCAACGCAAGCGAGCGUGGAGCGGUCGCGCGUCGACUUGUCGAUGAUGCCCCCCCCCCACUCCGUCUGGGGGGGGUGUACAGCAGAUGACCGCAAAAAAAGAAGGACCUUGAGUUUGCAAGUGGAGAGGUCAUCAUCGUGAAACCGCUUGACGCCGCCAAUCCCCACUCUGGUAUUGUCAGUCCACCAGCGGUGCACCGGGGGUCAUGGCGGGUUUAACGGGGAGGGGGGGGCGGGGGGAAGGUGACGCGACCUCAUGUUGACCACAAGUAACUUGUGUGGGUGCGUGUCACCUGUGCGUGUGUGACUUCCAUUUGUAUUGGUGGACACGUGUGCAUGCAUACGUCACACACCACAGUUUGACCAUGACCCCCGUGUUUAUGUCUGCGUCAUAUCUGUGCGUCACACCAUGUUUGAUCGUGACCCCCCCCCCCCCCCCCCCGCCGUGUGUGUGUUCGCACGCGUAUCUGUGCUCGACACUCGAGUGUGAGCGAGUGCAUGUGUAUGUGUAUUUGCCCUUGGCUGUGGGGAGCGAUAGUGUAGCGGUUGGCGCGCUGGGCUACGAACCCGGCGACCCGAGUUCGAUUGCCGGCCAACAUCAGUGACGGUUAUCUGAACCGGUCAUGGGCCUCCCCUAGGUCGACUCGGCCUCAAAUUAGUACCUGGCGUGGUGUGUAAACAUCACCCCUCGAGAGACGAGGGGCGUGGUGAUGGCCACCCACCGUGUCGUAUCGGCCUUAAUUGCUCGCUAACGGCACAUGCCGAAACAGUCUCUUAAGACUAUACAUGGGAUCUUUGUGGCGGUGAUAAGGAGCGGUGGGUGCGAACACGCCGUUUACGACGCCCUCUGUGCUCUGGGUGGGUAAAUGGAUAACGUAGCGUGCGGACACAGAUAACCGCUCGGAGGCUUUUCGUGCACGCGACGGCUAUUUGUGGUCAGCCUCGUGGUCACCUCGCUGCCACUGGAAUCGACUCGGGAACCUCCCCCGGCAACGACUCCCACUCCGUCCCGUCGGGAAAUCAUCGCGCCGGCGCAAGCAAACCAGACGAGUGGUCGAACCGUCCCCUGCCGAGGGCCCGAGCAUUUUUUCACCAAUAGUCGCGGUGGGCACGCGGCGCGUUCGCCGCCGCUAAACCUCGAGCGCGCUCGCACCGCGCACGUCGGCCGCGCGCUCGGGUACCGCUUUGGAAGGGACCGUCGUUGGAGACGCGCCGGCGUUCUUGCCGGGUCGGCAGCAUCCAGAACCCGACGUGGCAGAGACGCGAGCAAAGGGGGUCAGCGGCCCGAGGCGCCACGCCGAGAUGGGAGGUCGUCGGUUCGACACGAUCUCUCCCGCCGCUGGCUGUUGUAACAGUGGGGGGCGAGUUUCUUGAACCCCAUUCAACCGGCCCCACUCGUCUCUUCGCCAGUGCCUCGCUGUGUCUCUGUCCCACCCAGCACCGGUCGCGAGCCGAUGAUGGGCAGGUCGCUUGGUGGAGGUGGGGUAACGUGUGGGGCAACAUUGGGAGUUCCACAAUUCCAUGGCUGGAGGUUACUUGGUUUUUGAGGGGCAGGGUGACGGCUGUUGAUUGCUCAUAAGUUGGUACUAUUUUAGCGACUCUGGGGGGGGGGGGGUGAUGAUGGGCCCAAGUCAAAUACGCCACCGUAGGAUGGGAACUUCCGCGGAUUUUGGAUUGUCCCCCUUUGACCGCGGAACGUUAAACCCCAAUUUGACGCGUAAGUUUUAGCACAGUUUUGACUGCAUUAUUUCGCAGUUCUGUUUAUUUAGGGACUGCAUAAUAAUCACAAUUGCUCGCUAUGUCGGCAAAAGUCACGGACAGCCAAAAAAAAAAAUCUUUAAAAAAUUGGCUCGCGUGAAUUAUUUUAUGAAUACUAAUUGGGGCAAAUUUUAAUAUAAUUUCAAUAAUGCAAGUGACGCGUACAUUUCAAUUGCUUGACCUUGUUUUAAUUUAUGCAUUCGUGGCAGUAUCAACGGCAGGAGCGUGUCCGCAAUGUCAAUUACAUAAUCGUUUCGCGUCCACGCGAGAGCCCAUCGCUUCUGCGUUCCCUACAGGAGGGACGGUGCGGCGUUGCGAUAACACAACGACGCGCGAUGCUUCAACGGUUACAGGUUGGGGCCUACGCUUUGUUAUAGGACCAGGGUGAAAGCUGAGAGGGGUACGGUGAGGCUUGGCACCCCCACUAUGAAUCUCGCAAACCCGAGGUUCGAUUCCUGGCCGUGGCUAACGGCGGCCGCGGCAAGCAUUUAACCGAGCCGCUCCUGGGCGUCCCGACGCUCGCACUUGGCAAAACCCCGCAACAGCUGACCAGCGUGGUGAAGUACGGUCGAACGAGCCCCCCGUGACCGAGGCGGCAUGCGGAGGGAGGCCUUCAUCCAGCAGUGGAUCUACAAAGGGCUGCCAAUUAUGACAAUUGCUUAAUAACUCAGGAAUGCCACACUGAGUCUGAAGACUGCUGACAGGAGGGUACUGCGUUAGGGUGUUUGACCAAUACCCAGUUAGAUUGUAUGUGUAGCCAUGGCAGGUGGUUACCGCAGAGCCUGGAGGAAACGGUGCCCGAGUCGGGAGUCGAGCCCCUGGCGCCCUGCUUGCUGCGAGGCGCGGGUUUGCCACCACUGCGCCACCCUGUCGCCCAAGUGAUAGUCCGUGCAGCACACCGCAAGCGUUGUGAGGUGGGGGUGCAUCUUAAGGGCCCCCCCCUUCAGCCACUGGGUGAUCACUACAUUCUCCGUGACGGUGAGAUGUGGGUGGGAGGGGAGAGAAACACAAACUGUUCUCGAAUUCUAAUCGCGAGACUGAAUUCAGUGAAACUGUAUUGCUCCUUGAUGUCGUCCUGGCCAGCCUUGUGGAGAUAAGUUGCCUUUAUCUGGGAGACGUGGGCUGCGCUUGUUAUUGUUGCCCCGGGCUGCGCAGGGCAAUGUUGAGCGGUGGGUUCGGUAAGCGUUUGCGGAGCCCGGCCAGGCUGGCUAGCGGCGGUGGCCUGACGCCUCGGGUCUCUCGCUCGCUCUCUCGUCCGCUUUACCGUUGCGCGUUGCGAACUCUGUCGGGCGCGGGACGGAAUGCGGUCGACUCGCCUUGAACUCCCCGCGGAGCCGCCAUCAACUCAUUCCGCCAGAUUACGGUCUGGAACGAGGGGCCGGGGUAGCGUGGGGGAGGAGGUCCUCUGCCCCCCCCCCCCCCCCACAAGUCCCUAGCCCCCCACUUUGUCUAUGCAACCGUUGUUGUUUUUCUCCAUUCCUGUGUACUCGGUUCACCAUUCCGCUCGCCACUCUUGUACAAAAUCUUUAAAAAAAAAUUCCCAAACUCUGUGACCUCAUUCCUUCCUCGCAUUCCUCUUCUCCCCUCGCUCGUCGCGGUUACCUUCGUCAUCGCCGUUCCUCGUCGUGAUGGCCAGCAACAGCGGGGGACAUCGCGGACGCCAGUGACUCCGGUUUAAGAAGGGUGGGGGGUGGGGGCCCGGCUGUUUCAUGCCUGUCUUUUUUUUGGGGGGGGGGCGGGGGUUCUUUUUGGAGCAAACUAUUCGGUAGCAGCUAAGUAACCGUGCAAGUAAAUAUCUCUGUGGGCACCGGAAAUCCUCAAUAGGUGGGAAACAAUACAACAUUAUUGAAAUGCGAAAUUCGAUUUCAUUUUCAUGGGACUGAUAGUGAUGAUCGCCAUUCCGCGACAUGUCAUGUUGUAUUGUGAACCAUGAUAUACCUUAGUGAUUAUCUGUUUUUUUCUAUACUCCAUAUAUUUUCUAUAUUACUUACUGCCUGCCACGUGUCGUGAGAAAUAUCUUCGUAGCGAUUGCGUUGUUUGUGGAAUCCUGAGAGUAAAGCUGCAUACAAGAAUUAA